UUUUUCAUCUUACCGUUAUAUAUUUAUAUAAAUCGGUUCUACAUAUUAUGUAUAUAGCAUUUUAAUGAAUUAUAAACAAAAAUAUUGUGUAUUAAAAUAAAAUAGGUGUAAUCCGUGUAACAGGCAGUUGGAAAAAGUUCAAUUGCUUUUAGACUAAAAACGAGGCAAAAAUGAUGUUUUCAAAUAAAAAGAAAAGUUUUUAUGUGCAUAGGUACAUAUGUAAGUAUGAGCGAAUUUCUUUAAAAAACGAACAAUAAAAUAAUUGAUAGAUUAAAUGAAUUAACCUACUUUAUAAAAGGAUUGAAAAAAAUGAAAUUGAAAAGUUUUAAUUUAAUUUGAUUAAUAUAUACAAAUAAAAAAUUAAUUGUAGUUAACAAUGAAAAUGAACCCUCACGUAACAGUUUCAAAUAUUUGGGAAUUAACGCCGUUUAAAAUAUUUGUCAAGUACGACUAACUUUUUUUAAAUAUUGCGUUUAUGAAGUUAUAGAACUUACAAGUUUUAUUAAGAUACCUACCCAUUCUUAAUUUAGAAAAUGGAAACUGUUUUAUAUAAAAAAAGGACUAGUUACUCGUAAGAGAAAUUUCUUAUAUGCUUAUUACAGAAUUGAGCCCGCAUUAAUUAUUUUGCAACUAUGAACUUCGGUCGUUCCAGAUAUUGUGUCCUUCAAUAUUCGGUCGCUUGGUUGCCUAAAUAUAUGCCAAAAUUAUGGAAUAUACAUACAAUAAUUUUUGGGUUAUUAAUUGUAAAUAGUCAAGUUCACGGAAGACGGUCAACAUAUUCAAAAUUAUCGGAUGGAAAUGUAGCUUCUGAGGAUGCUAUUGAAAAUUCGUUAACAACAAUCCAUGAUAUAUCAACAGAAAACUUAGGAAUAUUGUGCUUAAAACGACCAUUUCAUCCAUUAGAGAUACCAGUGAACGCAGAACGUUAUGAUAACGCAAGACAAAAAGCAGAUUUAGCCGCAACUGUUUUACAAGAAGUUGGAAUUAGAAGUCACAGCGGGCUUACGGAUGCACUCGCAAAGGGACUGUUAUCUGAUAUUCAUGUGUAUGGUGCAAAAGUAUUAGCUCUUAAUGUAUCAAAUGGAGCGGUUAUGGCAUAUGUUUGGUGGAUUAAAAAUGAACGAAGGAAUUUAAACAGUAUUGGUGAACCAAUACAACAUGAUGAUAGUGGAAUACAAAUCGGGGAGAAACCAGACAUGAAUUAUCCAUGGUUCGAAGAUGAAAUUUCAUCACCAGGCCUGCGCUCACCUAAGUUUGCUCCAACACCUCCAAAUCUAUCAUUCAAAGGCUGGUGGACAUAUCCUUACUUUAUAUGUGAAGAACGCAAAUGGAUGUUGUCUUAUAGUGUUGCUAUACCACCAUAUGGCCGUCAUGGAUUAAGAGGUUUUAUAUCAGUUGAUAUUGAUAUUUCAAAUUUAAGAAUUAAUCAAUGUGAACCACCGGCACCACGGAUAUUAUAUCGUGAUUUUCGUAUAUCAAGUCGUUUUCAUUUAGGUUUUGAUAUAAUCGAUUCCAACACAGAAUUUAGUCAAGAUGUUGAAGCAUUUCAUGGUUCACACAAGUGUCAUAGAAAAACAAUGAUGUGUGACUACCGUUCAUCUACAAACUUAGAAAAUUCGAAUAAUAUACAAUAUAUGAAGUAUAAUGGUCGCAACCAUAUAAGCAGUAUAAGUAGCACCAGUAGUAGCAGUGUCAGUAGUAGCAUUAACAAUAAUAAUAGAAUAUUCCAUCAAUUUGUAAGCCCAUAUGGUUGGGUAAGAGGUUCAUAUCAAUGUUUAUGUAAACAGGGCUAUUAUUCAGAACGUCAUCCUGAUGGAUUUAAUGGUACAAUUAUGGAAGUUGCUUACCAAGAAUAUCAGGACAAUAUUAGUAUAUAUUAUGUGGAUGUGUUCAAAUGUUUACAAUGUGCCCCUGGUUGUGAACACUGUUUAGGUCCAGAACCAUGUCUGGCGGGAUAUAAUUGGCCGUUUAGGAUAUCUCUUUUAAUAAUAUCAGUUUGCUGUGCAAUUUCAACUAUACUUUUAGCUGGUUAUAUGUUUCGUCACAGAAGAAAAAAAAUUUUUAAGGUGGCAAGUCCAAUAUUUCUGUCAAUAACAUUGAUUGGAUGUGCCAUUAUGUAUCUAGAGAUGGCAGCAAUAUUCCCAAUAUUAGAUACAUAUUUUUGUAUUGCAACAAAAUGGACACGUCAUAUGGGAUUUUGCAUCACAUAUACAUCACUACUAAUGAAAACAUGGAGAGUUUCAUUAACUUAUCGCGUUAAAUCGGCUCACAAAGUAAAAUUGACAGAUAAACAACUGUUACAAUGGAUGAUACCAAUAUUAUUAGUUAUGCUUAUAUAUCUGGGCACAUGGACAUUAUCAGCAGCACCGACAGCCGAAAAUAUCGAAGACCAAGAUGGCCUGAAAUUCAAACAAUGCUCGUACAAUUGGUGGGACCACAGUCUUGCCAUUGGUGAAGUUUUAUUUUUAGCUUGGGGUGUACGAGUGUGUUAUAAUGUUAGAAAUGCUGAGUCAUUAUAUAACGAAGCUAGGCAAAUAUCAUAUGCGAUAUAUAAUAUAGCUAUUGUUAACAUUACAAUGGUCGCAUUCCAUUUACUAAUAUUUCCACAAGCAGGACCCGAUAUCAAAUAUUUACUGGGUUUCAUUAGAACUCAAUUAUCAACAUCUGUUACAAUAGUGCUCGUCUUUGGGCCAAAGGUCUUAAGAGUUUUACGUGGACAAGGUGAUCAAUGGGACAAUAAAGCUAGAGUGCGUAGCAUCACAGCCUCAUUUUCACUAAAUGGGGUUGGUUUAGUGCCGGAAGAUUCACCUGACUUGUAUCAAGAAAAUGAAGAAUUAAAGGAAGAAAUACAAAAACUUGCCCAUCAAAUUGAGUUUAUGAAAACUGUUCAUAUGCAAAUGAAUAAUCGUCAUAUAAAACCAAAGCCUGGUGGCUAUUUUACCAUUACAUCAACAUCGUUCCAAACACCCACGAUCAAUGCUAAAGGUGUCACUUCAGCAACAACCCAAACAUCUUGCAAAACUUCCCAUCCAAACAGCUGUGUAAGUGAUGAUGGACAUAGCGGUUCAAAUAGCGUUGGUACCAAUUCAAUGGGAUAUCCGGCAGUACACAAUGUAUCAACAUCAGUCACUAAUAAUGGUAGUGAAAAAGUCUGACAUGGGCAACGAAGUGGAUUUGAUUGUUCAAUUGAGUCACGUAUUGGUGCAAAAUAUGCAAUGUCAUCAAUAAAUGAUAUUACCGAAGAAUUAUUAUUUCCCCCGCCGUCACCCUCAUUUUAUGCAAAACAUAAAAUUCUGCCAGUAUUAUCAAAAAUAAAAUCUAAAAGAAUUGACCGAAAAGUAGCAGCGGCAGUCGCUGAAAUAUAUAAAGAAGGUAGAGAAUUGAAUGAUAUAUUUAUAACAACUGGAAGAUUAGCAAAAGCAGUUAAUUCUAGUCAACCCAGUAAAUCAUUUCCAAGUCCAUCAAUCGAAGCAAUAGCAAUUGCAGAAGCAACAUUUAAUGCAGUUGCAACGAUAAAUCAACAAAAGCAACUUAAGAUUAUUAAACCGACAUCUAUAUCCAAAUCGAUUUCAUCAUCGGCUACUGUUGCGCAAGUAGCUGCUUCAGAAGCAUUCGAUUUAUCGUCAUCAGCGCCAAGCUCAAAUAUCUUUACACCACCCUUAUCAUCAAUUACAAUAACCGAUCAUUUAAACUACAUGCAAAAUAAUACAUUAUCCUCUUUAUCCUUGUCAAUGCAAUCAUCGCUAGAAACAACAACGCCAAGCAAAACAAUAGACGUAAGAAGGCCAAUUGUUGUUUAGUGAACAAUUUCACAAAACAAAAAUUUUCUAUGGAUGAAAAAUUCGUUGCCGCAGUUUUUUAUACUAUACGUAUACACAUACAUAAUGUACCUAUAUGUGCAGAUCUACAUUAUGUACGUACAAAUUUGAUGUAGACAAAGGAUAUGUACAAAGGAUUGCAUAAAUGUUGCAAAAUAUAACAAAAUUUAAAGAUGUUAAGUAUGUAUAUAAAUCCAUGCCUAUGGGAAAAUUUAUAUAAAGAAGUUGCUACACUAUAGAAAGCAAAUAAAUCAAAACAGCAAAAUGACUAUUUUAAGAUAAGAAUUUGAAUUAUUGUUUAUAUAACCAAAUAAUAAGAUAAAAUGAGAAUAUAAAACAUAAAGAGUAAAAAGAUAACGAAACAUGACAAUAUUUAUCCGAUAUAAAAAUAAAAAAGUGCUCCACUUUGUAAAAAAAAAAAUAGCAAUAAUAUUAUGUUAUUGAAAAUCAUGGCAAAAAGAAUAGCUUUACUUAUGCGUGAGCAAAUGUCCAUUUAAAAAACAAUAGAAGUAACGAUGAAAAUGUUAAAUAAAUAAGGAUAUGGUAUAACUUUCCUUUAUAAAUAAAUGCAUAAAUAAGGUGCACAUAUACAGGGUGGCAAAUAAUUUCAGGAAUCAAUUUUCAGCAAAAAUCGAAAUGGUGUGGGGGGUUAAGAUAUACUCGUUUUCGAGCUAGGCCAUGUAGAAAAAAAGUAUUAGAUUUUGCCUGCACAUAAAUAAAUGCUUAUAAAUUCAGAACUAGGCGCUAUAGAGUAACCAUCGGGAGCUUAUUUUACAGGUAAUUGAUUGCUCUUUAUUUUCGGUCUAAUAAUCAAUUAGAUUUGAGCCAUAGCUUUGGGGUCUUUGAGAAAAAGCUUGUCAAAGACAGAAUUUCUGUUUAUUCUUUAAUUUUUUUUAAAACUCGAAAUUUCUUUAAAAUUCAGUUACAUUUUUUUCCAUACGAUUUUUUACUGUAAAUUGAUGAAAGAAUCAUUUCUAAAAUUUUUUGCCAUCGAAUUCGAAACACCCUGUAUAAAGUAACACAAAGUUAUUUUUAAGUCAGUCAUAUUUAUAUUAGUAUAUUUAUUUAUUCAUUAUUAUGUUGCAUUUGUAUGUUGCAUAUGUCUAGCAAAUACAUACAUAAAAUAUCUAGUAAACAUAUACAUGCAAAAAUUAUACAGAGCGUUUCGCAUAAGGUGGCAAAUAAUUUCUGGGAAGAUUCUUUGAUAAAUUUCCAGCAUAAAAUUGUAUGGGUGGUUUUUCGACCUACAGCUUGUUAAAAAAAAGGUACCGGACUUUUCCUGCAUGUAAAUAUAUGCUUAUAACUUCGGAACCAUACAAUAUAGCGUUGGCAUUCCGAGCUUUGAACAGACGAUUGAUUCUUAUUUAUUUUUGAUCUUACAAAUAAUUUUAUUUGAGCCAUAGUUUUCAAAAUACAGCUUGUCAAAGUCAGAUUUUUUUUUAAAUUUUUUUCCCUUGCACCCAUACAAUUUUUUGCUGGAAUUUGUUCAAAGAGACAUCUUUGAAAUUAUUUGCCCCCUUAUAUGACACACCCUGUUUAUUACAACAUAACAUUUAUAAACCAAAAUAAUUAUAUAACUAACGAUGUGUAAAUUUUAUGUAUUGUAACUUAUUGUAUGUAUAUAUGUAUGAAUAUAUUAGUUAAUAGAUCCCUAUAAUUUGUCUUGUAUUACGUACACACAUACAUAUGAUAUAAGAAAUAGUAGGAGUAAAAAUAAUUUUUAUGUAACAAUUUUUUCCAGCUCAUUUAAAUGUUGUCAAGCGUUACAAACAUACGUAAAAUAAAUAUUAUAUUUUACAUAUAGAUACUUUUACAAACUUAUGCUCAAAUCCAAAAUACAUGUACAUACACACAUAGGUAUACAUAACACGUAUUAUACUUUGUUCUUUGAUAGACGUUCGUUAAAAAUAAAGCUCAGUGUAAUGUUAUAAAAAUACAUGUCAGUAAUCGGUAUGCAAGAUAAGCCUGUACUUACAUUAUCUGUAUAUAUUAUGAAGGUACUUAAAUUACAAUGUACAUAUGUAUGUUCUUUGAAGAUAAACUUAACUAUAGAAAAAUUGGAAAAUUGAAAUAGAAUAAAAUGUAUGUAUAAAAAUAUAAUAAACUUAGGAUAGGGACGAAUUUGCUAUAAGCAUAUGUAACCAGAUGAUACACACAUUUUUAUAUAUCGUAAACAAUGUAUAUUUACGAACAAGUAAUAUCACUUCCUGUUUACAUUCAGAACCUAUACCUAAUCCAAUUUUUUACACACAUUAUGGAAAAGAAUUUGUAGUUAAAAAGUCAAAAACGACAUUUAUUUUUUCAUAAUUUUUAUGUGUAGCUAUUAAUAUGGGACGGAAAAUGUGCGCUAUAGAUGCCUACGAAAUUUUUCAUAACAUUCUUCAUAAUUGCGUAUAUGUGUUAGGAUUAGUAAAAUUUAGAAAAUACUAAGUUUCAGCCAAAAAAAAGGGCCAAAUAGUUUUGCAUGUAUUUUCAACUACACAAUUUUUAAAAUAUCUCUUAAAUAUAUUUUUACACAAUUAGCACGACUUUUAUUAAGACUACUCGUAUAUUAGCUCUGUAAAAUUUAUAAAAAGCUAAAUUUCAGUUAAAAGAAGGACAAGAAGAGCCAAGUAGUUUUGCAUGUAUUAUCAACUAUACAAUUUUUAAAUUACCUUUUAAAUAUUAUUUACACAACUAGCACAGCUGUUAAAUUGAUUGAAAUUGAACAAAAUUUAAAUUGAUAUUUAACCAAGUUGUACAAUCAAAACUGAAGCUUUGUUUUGAUUGUACAAUUUUUUUUUGAUCUUAAUGUAUAUUUAUGAUAGGUGAUGCCUUUGGGUUUUUAUAAGUCUGAAUUUUAGGUUUUGUUUGUUAUUUUGGAUUAAAUUUUGUUAAAUUAUAUUUUUAGUUAAUUCAUUUAGUUUUUUUCAGCACGAUUUAGCUGAAUUUUAGGCACCUUCCAGUUUAAAGCGACCUGUUUAGAUGCCUUAAAGUAGUUUUUUAGUACCUAAGAAGCCGUUCCCUAAUAAUAACUUACAUUCACCGCUAUUGAAGAAGGAGCUAGAAACUUUGUGAAAGUGCCCCAAGUUAAAAAAAAGAGCACUAUAGGCCUAAAAAUUUCAACUAUGUUGCGUAUUGUGAGCGGACUUUUUUAUUUUUAUUGUUUUGUUCCCAUAUUAUAAUGUAUUUUAAAAAGAGAGUUGUAAUAAUUUAUUCCAAAUACAAGGUAGGAAAAAGUGAUGUCAAAUUUAACAAAAAUUAGAAAAUGAAAUUAUAACAAAAUAAACGUUUUAGGAGAAAAUACUAUUAUUAAAAAAAUUUUAAAUUUUAAUCAAUGUCUUUAAAAAGAGUUUUAUAUAAGAAAAUUUUUUAAUAGUAAAUAAUGUAUGGAAAACAGCUUCUUUCAUCUUUGGCUUGUGAUUUUGUUAGCAGCAAUAAAAAUAAAGUUGUUAAUACAAAUAUAGUUGAAAAAUGGCAUUUUUGGGGUUUCGGGGGGCUAUUUAAAACACAGCAAUAGCUGUGUAUAAAGACAAAAAUAAAUCUAAGGUAUACGCUAAUGAAAUAAUAAUAAACUUGUGUACAUACAUAUGUAUGUACAUACAUACAUAAAAUCAUUCAUUUUUCAAGAUAAAAAUUCUGUUAACGAAUAAAAUCUAAUGUAUGCUCGUAUAAUAUGUAGAUAAAAAUUAAGCGUUUUAGAGAACUAAGCAUUUUUGUAAUUCAAAUAAUUUUAAAUAUGUAUGUACUUAUUUAUAAAAUUUAUUAUAAUUUUUGUUUUAAUAAUAUUUAAUAUAAAUAAAAUUAUAACUGUUAUUAUAAUUUUCAUAAUAAUAUUUGAUAAAAAUUUGUAUAUAAAAUUCUGAAUCCGAAUUAUCAAAACUCAAAAAUAAUUAAAUUUAUUUGAAAAAGGUUUCAGGUAAUAA